AUCACGUAGCGACGUAUGACGUAAUUUCUUCCAACACUGUCGCCGCUUCCUGGCCGGCGCAGGCAGGCGAUCGCCUCAGGGCCCCAGCAGGUUGGACCGUUAUUUGCUUCUUGUCUACUGGGUCCUGCGCCACAACUACUGCUAAGUGUUUGUGGCCAUUAUGUGCGAGUGAAGCGGGAGGACUGGAGAGGACAAACCUCCACAACACCUUGUUCGUCAGAGCAAGACGGACGGAGCCUGAGGCCGUGGUGAUGGUGUUGGACUCAGUGGAAGUCUUCAUGGAUCAUGUUGAGGGGGACCACACUGGGGGCAGCAGCUUGGAGCCAGACAAAGCUGCCAAAACCAGCAGCACCAUCAAAACCAAGCGGACACAUCAGGCUGGAAGUAGCAAUGUUUCCAAACCGAAAAAAGUGUCCCAGAACGGGUUUGUGGUUCAGACAGACGCUGCCAGAGUAGUAGAGAGGAAGCCAAAAAUGGGUGCCACGGCCAAACAACCUCUUUGUCGUCUCCUGAGCCUGGACAUAACGCCUCAGCGUUUGCGAGGAUCUCAGGAGCAGAAGGUAGCCAGGCGCCUCGUGCAACCACCUUGGCGCAGUUCCACCGCCCCACCGCCCCCUAAUCGCAGCCUGACUACCCCCAGUCUGGGCACCCGUGCCUGGAUGCGUCGCAGCGAGAGCUCAUGCUCAGUCAACCACUCUCUGGGGCUAGAUGCCAAACAGGGUCUAAUGCGACCCGCCACCUCCUUGCCCCACAUUGCUAAAAGGACAAGAGACCACUCACUGCCUUCCCCAAGCAGGCCAUGCCUGCUUCUUGCCCUCAGACCUUUCAACCUGGAGCAGGAGAAGCACACGUUCUUCCAGUCUGACUUCAAGUACGAGCCUCAGUUCGAGUAUGCCCAUCCUGAGCCGAGGUCCGUUUUGGACAAGUACAGCGAGGGCUCCAGACUCUUCCUCGAACAGGCUGUUGGAAUCAUGGAGUGUGUCCUGAAUAAGUUUGGCUCCUAUGAGACUUUUGUGGAAGUCACAGGUGGGGGUGUGCUUCCCAAAAGUCAAGUGUGGGCCGCAGUGCGUAAAUAUCUGCAGAAGGAAGGCUGUGUGGGUGAGGUAGUGGUACGUCUGUCCGACGAGCUGCUCUCUCAGGCAGUGAUGGUGGUGGAGAGUUGUCGCCCCACUCUGACCAUCAACUUGGCCGGAGCCCGUCAGCACUGGCUGGAAGGGAUGCUGAGACACGAAAUAGGCACACAUUAUCUGCGAGGGGUCAACAACAGUCUUCAGCCUUGGUCCACUGCAGACGGCAGGAAGCAGUUUGGCCUCAAGCCGGCUAACCCCACUGAGGAAGGGCUAGCCAGCCUGCACAGUGUGUUGCUACGGAAACAGCCGUACCUUUGGCGUGCGGCUCUUCUUUACUAUACAGUUUUCCAUGCCGGCAAAAUGAGCUUCAGCCAGCUCUUCAGCCACAUUGCACGCUUUGUUAAGGAUCCAGACGUCCGCUGGGAAUACUGCCUGCGCGCCAAGAGGGGACAGACGGACACGUCGCAGCCCGGCUGCUUCAGCAAAGACCAGGUUUACUUGGACGGGAUCCUCAAGAUACUUUGCCAUCGGAGGGACAUUGACUUCAAGAUGUUGACUUCCCUGGGAAAGGUGUCCUAUGAAGAUGUGGAGAGGCUACGUUACUUAGCAGUGACCACGAACGCCAGAAUCCCACAUUUCAUGCGAGAUGAAGACCGCUACCUUCAACACUUGGAUCACAUUGUAGCUGUCAACAAACUGGACGAUGCAGCAUUGCAACACAUGCUACCAUGAGCACCAGCACCUGGAUGCUGCUUAUUAUGCGGCACUUCUGAAUAGCACUUAAAUUAUUCAGUAUUAGCGCUGCUCUAUCUGAGCAACUUUUAGAACUUGAAUGAUACAAACAAAAAGAGAGAAAAACACUACUUUUGUCCAGCGCAUGACUGUAAGGCUUUUACACAUAACAUCACCUUCACUCGUUCCUGCUAUGAUGUUACCUCAAUAUGCACAACACACCGUGAAACUAGGCCUGGGCACAUUACACAGUUUGCUGGAUGGCAGAUUGUUCCACAAAUUAUUGCUGACCAACAAUAUUAUUGUCAGCAUCAUUUUGAGACCAAAUUAAACACAAGUGUAAUCAUAAUAUAAUAUACAACAAUAUUAAUAAUGUAAGUCACCCUUUCAAACGCAAACAAAUUUUGUCAUUAGUAUUUUUCAUACAAUAAAAAUAAAAAUUACUCUCAAUCUCCGUUAGCAAAAAUUUCACUUCAAUAAAAAUUUGGCAUUUUGAAGUGCUGUUUUUUCGACAGUUGGAAAAACUGUCUCUGCUUUUAAACAAAUUCAUGAUACUGGCUCUUUUGACCAUAUUGAUGGGCUCAUUUUGCACAAAGCAAUUUAUCACAAAUUAUCGAUUUAAUUUAUUGUUGGAGUAAUAAUCAGCCCAGGCCUUUAUGUAACUAUACCCUAAAUGUAGUAUUAUUACCACUGAAAUGCCUGUAUAAACUGCUGCUUAUUGAUUUAAGAAUCACAUUAUCCAUGCAAUUAUUAUAAUUUUUUAAAACUUUGUGACGUCAAACUCAAUGUUCCUGGCACUAGCUGGCAUUGCUUCGAUGUCGUAGACGCUUUAAAAAGGACACCAAGAAUGCUUCAUAUUGUAGUCUAGCGAGGCCACGCAUCCUUAAAAUAACAAGUGCCAGUGGUUUGGGGAGGAUUUACAAUAAUAAGAGUUUUUCAAAGCAGGGAUCACUGGGCUGAUGGGCCGACAUAGGCCACAAAAACACUGAGAUAGAAAUAUUUAAAAAAAUAAAUAGACCUCUUUAAAAAAAAUGUAAAUAACCGUAUAAAAAAUCCCUUUUAGAAAUGUGCUUUCUUGUAUCACCCCUUGGGUGAAAGCUGGGCAUUCCUGUGAUUACUACGGCCAGUCUGUACAAGAACAGAAACUGCAUCAACAGGUAGGCUGUGCUGAAGAACACCAGCCCAGUAAGGCUAAUGAUGAGACUAGAAAGCAAAAUCAAUGUUUUCCAUAGGACUACAAGCUAUCUGUAGUGUUGGGUUGGUAGAUGUUGCUCUGUUUGCAUAAUUGGCCAUAAUGCAAACUAUUAAACUAUGCAAACUAGUUUUUUUAGUCAUGUUUUUUAUGUCACAAGACUGAGUGCUUUUAGAUGUUGGUGGGGCUCAUUGAGAAGAGCAAUACAUGCUUUUACGUUAGCGUUUCCUGUAAGACCAAAACAUUUUGCUGGAUUUGUCACUUUUUUGGAAAACACUAGAUGGGUCUGAAUAUUCACUAAAUAUAGCGAAAAAAGACGCAACAUUUGCAACACCGAUCCGUCUUGCGAUGUCUUCUUAUUCUCUGGCAGACCCGCCAUUAAUGAAGUGUGUUAAAAAGACGAUGCUAUCAACUGCACGAAGUUGUAACAACAAGCUGUAUGCACAGAUAGUCCCAUUAUAAUGUGUUAGCACCCAAUCAAAUUAAUAAAUGAAUUUAUGCGAAAUGGACAAAUAUCACUUCCCUUGCAUGCUAACGUGCUAAACCACUUGUUUGUCUACCACGGGAAGAGGUUCAUUGUUUUGUCAUUUUGGAAUAUAGUUCAAAGGAACUGUCCAGAACUUUUGCAUUGAAGAUGUUGCUAUUCUCGUCCAAAUGCUUGUGGAAGACUGGAAUUCAGUGUUACUCAUGCACAUGAAACCACCGUUUUAUCAAGUUCUAUCUGGGAAACAAUGCUUUGGCUUUCACUGAUGGUAGGUCAGUGUUUGCUUUCUUUUUUUAAAUAUUUUAAUUUUAUGUUAUGUAUUUAUUUGUUUUGUACGUUGUUCAUUGCCAAUAUAUUCCAGCCCUGUAAUAAAAAUAUAUAGUAUGUAAUUUGAAAUCAAGUCAUUGACCCAGUAGUAAUGAUAAUAUGGUCUCUGUUAUUAAAAUACGGUAUAUACUUUUUGGUGAACCAGCAAAGUAGGCAAAAAAAUGCAUGCAAGUUUGUCUUUGUUGUUUUUAGAGAAAAGUGGUGUAAAAGUUGUGGCAAGGCCAUACUUACUUCAUCAAACAAGUUUUUUCACACUUUGAAGUAUAAUAUUUAUAGGAUGUUUUGAGUAUUCGAGCAAAAGUGUCAUUGUCGUGCCUUUCCAUAGAAGAUCAUACUUAGAGCUAAUGAUGUGUGCCUGCAGCUUAUUGACACAUUUCACAUAUCAGACCAGUCCUUUUGGGUCAGAAGAUCACUAGACCGGUGGGGGAAACCAGGUAACGACAAACAAAUGGUAGAAGCUUCGCAGCCUUCCCAGCUUUAAAGCAUUACUUUUAUGUUUACUGCAUUUCUGGUGUCUGUUUUUGACUUGAAAUAUUGUAUUUGUAUGCUGUUGUGUUUUCAUCAUCCAAACAACCACCUGGAAAUCAUGAGGUUGAUAUGCAGUUCAAUAAUUAAAAAGAACACAUACUUGAUAAUAAUCUAUGACUUUGUUUUAUCUAAUAUUAAAAACAAUGCUGACAUGGUUAUACAUUACAUACAGUACACCUAGUUAGGCUAAUAGAGUAGAAAUAAUUUGUAAAUGUGGUGCUUCAUGGCUGGCAUACGCACGUUUCUUAAUACUUUUGAUCCUUAGGGGCCAUUUAAAAUUGACGCCAGCAAACUGUUCUAAUAAACAAAUAGGAAAACAGUUACAAAACUCCUCAGACUGAGUGAUGUACACAUCGUAAAAAUACAAACUAUUGACAGUGAUGAACAAUUAACACACCGACGUGUCUGUAAUUACAUGAGUGGAUAUACAAUCCUACGCAAAGUGGUGCAAAAAAUACAGUUCAAUCAAUCAAUCAAUGUUUAUUUAUAUAGCCCUAAAUCACAAGUGUCUCAAAGGGCUGUACAAGCCACAACGACAUCCUCGGUACAGAGCCCACAUACGGGCAAGGAAAAACUCACCCCAGUGGGACGUCGGUGAAUGACUAUGAGAAACCUUGGAGAGGACCGCAUAU